GUGACGUCACUGUCUGCAAAGACAGCUGAUGUUCUGAAUCCCCUGUACGAGCCGUUUUCUGUAGUCGAGGUGGACGCCUUACCAAUAAUAAUAAUAACUGUAAUAACCGAGGGUUCUUUUGAAGCAGUUUUGUACAGACGGAGAUGAUGUUGCCCCACAGAGAACAGAUGCUUCUGCUGUGGCUAUUUGUUCAGGCUGCGGUCACCGUAACGUGGUGUUUUACGGACUUGGAACCUGGGCCUGGUGUUGGAGCAGGUUUCCAGGCACAGGCGAACGGGGAUCGCUUUAAAAUCGAAGGCAGGGCGAUUGUUCCCGGUAUCAAAACGCAGGACUGGGUGUCCACGGCUAGGGUCCUGGUGGAAGGUGAAGAAUACAUUGGGUUUCUGAGGACCGAUGGAAGUUUUGCCGUCAACGACGUUCCUUCUGGAUCCUAUGUUGUGGAAAUUGUCACGCCAGCAUAUAGAUUUGAGCCUGUGCGUGUUGAUAUCACAUCCAAGGGCAAAAUGAGAGCACGCCUUGUCAACUACAUCAAGACUUCAGAGGUGAUUCGGCAGCCAUACCCUCUUCAAAUCAGAGCCAGCGGCCCCCACAGUUACUUCAUGAAGAGGGAGACCUGGGGCUGGACAGACUUCCUUAUGAAUCCAAUGGUUAUGAUGAUGGUUCUGCCUCUGCUGAUUAUUGUUCUGCUCCCCAAAGUGGUCAACACCAAUGACCCAGAGAUGAGAAAGGAAAUGGAGCAGUCCAUGAACAUGCUGAACCCCAACCCUGAGCUUCCCGACGUCUCUGAGCUCAUGACCAAGCUCUUCUCUGGAUCCAAGGGCACCAGUAAAGCAGGCAGCAGCAGCAGUAGCAGCAGCAAAGGCACCAGGUCGGCUGUGAAGAGGAGGUAGUAUCUCACUGGACAAACUGGUCUUCAGUCUCCCUGCAGAUGCACGAGUUAUGCUGUAAAAGCCAGAUUGUUAUGUGUGCUGGGUCUGUUGUACAGUUUUCUUCAUGUACAGAUGUUAUCAGCACAUCUUGGUUUAGCUGUUCUGCUAAUGAUAACUGGGCAAAGGUACAAUGUUCCCAUCCAUCCAUCCUGCCUGCACUGAAACCUCUUCAACUCUGCAAAAGGUCUAACGCUUCAUUCAGUCUGUUCUUUGUACCAGUGGCUUUAAUGCUCAUCAAAUUACCCACAAGUCUCUCCUGUGCUAACCCCCCCGUAGUGUGCAUUUUAUUCCCACUGCUGCUAAUACCACUACCUGAAAGAGAACAUUUACAUACUCAGAGAUUUUUGUUUUCAGUGAUAUGACUGUGAAUGAUUAAUCAAAAGAUAAAAAUUUAAAUCUUAUUUAAAGACCACAAAUUAUUAAAAUGCAAUGGUUAUACAGGAAAAUUUGUUUUUAUUUAACACAUUGACGUCUAUUUGUUGGACAGUGAUCGUAUGGCUUGAAUUUACAAGCCGUCCACAUGCUAAUGUCUAAAGUAAAACUUAUUACUGAAGUGUGUGUGUGGGUGUUCUUUGUUUUGUUUGUUUGUUUUUUUAAGAUGAAGGUUAGAUGGUCUUUAAUUUUAAUAAAGCUGAUGCUAAAGAUCAUAAUAAAGUCACUGGUAACUGUA